CGCGCCCAGCUCCACUCAACCUCCAGCUCCUUCCCUCAAUCCUCCCGCUCCCCUCCUCCUUCGUCCCCGCCCCGCUCCCGUUCUCUUAUUGGCCGACCGGGCCGGCCCGGGAUUUAAAGGGCCCGCUCACCGCGCAGCCCUGAAAGCUGCAGCUGGUCCCGGCCUUGCGGCCUGCGGGGGAGGCUGCCGGGAGGAGGCAGCGACGACGGCGGCGGCGGCACGUCCCCAGCCCCUUGGACCGCAGCUUCCUUACUGCCAGGUCUAUCCAUCUGUCCAUCCAUCCUUGGGGGUCCGCAAUGGCCACCUUCAGCCGCCAGGAAUUUUUCCAGCAGCUGCUGCAGGGCUGUCUCCUGCCUACUGCCCAGCAGGGCCUUGACCAGAUCUGGUUGCUCCUUGCCAUCUGCCUCGCCUGCCGCGUCCUCUGGAGGCUUGGUUUAUCAUUUUGAAAAAUUUCAAAGUUACUGCAAAGCUAAGUUGAAAGAAUAGUACAAUGAACACUCAUAUACGCAUCACCUGAUUCUCCAACUGUCAACAUCCUGCCACAUUAGCUCGCUCUAUCGAUCGCUUGAUCAUCUUCCUGAAUCACUUGAAUAACCUGAUGACACUUCACCCCAAAUCCUCUUGCAUGUGUCCCCCAAGAAUAAGGACAUCUUCCCCCCACAACCAUAGCCUAAAGCAUCACCCCUCAGGAAAUUUAAUCUCAGUGCUAUAGUGUUAUCCAAUAUAAGUUAUUCAGAUUUCCUCCAGGGUUCCCAAAAUGACCUUUAUAGAUGUCUCUUUUCUUUAAACCCAAGCUGCCUCCCCAGCUCCCCAAAACCUGCUUUGUGUCACCUGCAAUCCCACCACAUUCCAACCUCUAAGCCUUUGCCUGAGCUGUGAACUCUGCCCAGGUUGCCCUUCUACCAACCCUCCUCUAGUUCCCUAUCAUGUUCUCUCUUUCUUUCACCCAAAGGGUUGCCAUCCUACUUGAAGCAUGCAAGCACCGUGGCAGGCGGCUUCUUCAGCCUCUACCACUUCUUCCAGCUGCACAUGGUUUGGGUCGUGCUGCUCAGCCUCCUGUGCUACCUCGUGCUGUUCCUCUGCCGACAUUCUUCCCAUCGGGGUGUCUUCCUCUCCGUCACCAUCCUCAUCUACCUGCUUAUGGGUGAGAUGCACAUGGUGGAUACCGUGACAUGGCACAAGAUGCGAGGGGCCCAGAUGAUCGUGGCCAUGAAGGCGGUGUCUCUGGGCUUCGACCUGGACAGGGGCGAGGUGGGCGCAGUGCCCUCGCCUGUGGAGUUCAUGGGCUACCUCUACUUCGUGGGCACCAUCGUGUUCGGGCCCUGGAUAUCCUUCCACAGCUACCUACAGGCCGUCCAAGGUCGCCCGCUGAGCCGCCGAUGGCUGCAGAAGGUGGCCCGGAGCCUGGCGCUGGCCCUGCUGUGCCUUGUGCUGUCCACCUGUGUGGGGCCCUACCUCUUCCCGUACUUCAUUCCCCUUGAUGGUGACCGCCUCCUUCGCAACAAGAAACGCAAAGUCAGGGGCACCAUGGUAAGGUGGCUGCGAGCCUACGAGAGUGCUGUCUCCUUCCACUUCAGCAACUACUUUGUGGGCUUUCUGUCCGAAGCCACGGCCACGUUGGCGGGGGCUGGCUUCACCGAAGAGAAGGAUCACCUGGAAUGGGACCUGACAGUCUCUAAGCCACUGAAUGUGGAGCUGCCCCGGUCCAUGGUGGAAGUUGUCACAAGCUGGAACCUGCCCAUGUCUUAUUGGCUAAAUAACUAUGUUUUCAAGAAUGCUCUCCACCUGGGGACCUUCUCAGCCGUGCUGGUCACCUAUGCAGCCAGCGCCCUCUUGCACGGCUUCAGCUUCCACCUGGCUGCAGUACUGCUGUCCCUGGCAUUUAUCACUUACGUGGAGCACGUUCUCCGAAAGCGCCUGGCUCGGAUUCUCAGUGCCUGCGUCCUGUCAAAACGGUGCCCACCAGACUGUUCACACCAGCAUCGCUUGGGCCUGGGGGUCCGAGCCUUAAACCUGUUCUUUGGGGCCCUGGCCAUCUUCCACCUAGCCUACCUGGGCUCCCUGUUUGAUGUUGAUGUGGAUGACACCACAGAGGAACAGGGCUACGGCAUGGCAUACACGGUCCACAAAUGGUCAGAGCUCAGCUGGGCCAGUCACUGGGUCACUUUUGGAUGCUGGAUCUUCUACCGUCUCAUAGGCUGAGACACAUCUGUGAACCAUCACAAGCUCCCUCAAGACCCCUCCUCAGGGUGCCAGCUCUGAUGGGUGAUGAGGGAAGGCCCUCUAAUUCUUGACCCUCUCUCCAUCCUUGACCCCUCUCAACACCCAUACACAAACAGACACACACACCAUUUCCAUGCCUGUCAAUCCCCACCCCACCACAAGGCGGGAAGGGAGUGGUCCCUCCUGGGGCCUAGGGGUGGGGGAUGCUUGGGGAAGCAGAGAGGGGGAGAUCCAGGGCCUCCCCGCCUUCCUUGUCCCUUUUUAUACAGUUUGUUAUUAUCAAAUAAAAGUAGGAAAUAUA